AUGAUUUCAUUGCUUCCACUUCAAAGUUUUCAAUUCGUGCAAGGUCUUCGGAAUUCACUUGCAUUAAAUUUCUACUGUUUCUCUCUUUUACUCUCGGUUAUUUACUUGUUUUAUUAUUUCUCAAUGAGUCGGGAUGACUAUUCCACGAUGAAAGCGAAAUCUUUAAAAUUUAAACGUCGUUAUGAUCCGAUCAAAGAACAACGAGAAAAAGCCUUGAUACCAUUCAGGCACAUGAAAAGGAUCAUUGCAUGUGCUAUUGAUAGUGGAAGGAUGAGAGGAAUAAUUUUCUUGUUUUUGGUGUGUGGAAUGAAUACUCUUUGUUGGAUGAUGAUUGUUUCUUGUGUCAUGUCCACAAGUUUGAUCAUUUAUUUGAAAUCUGCAUGGUUAUUAAAACAGAGACAUGACAGCAAGUCAAAGAAUGACCAUAAAUCUCCACAAUUGAAUGAGGAAAAUAUUGUUGAUAAUUUAAAUUAUUAUUUGGGAGCAGAUAUUACACUGGUUCAAGAGGGAUUAAAAAGAUUCUGCAGAAUGGAUUCUUCUUUGAAAGAUUCAAAGAUGUCAAAACUCUCUUUGACAGUGAUUGCAAGUACUUGUACAGGAUGUGUCUCGUUGUUGAAACAAUUAUUUCAGAAAGAGCAUGGCCCUAUCAUGAACAAUUUUACAUCCAUUGAAAUUAUUCUCCUUGAACAACAUACUUUGGACAAUUCCAACAUCAACGAAAAGGUGCAAGACAAUAUCAAGGAAAAACAGAAUAUUGAACAACAACUGGCUAAGCAAACUCCUUCAAUGAACAUUCAUUGCACAUUUGUCACCACAGUGAAGGAGUUAACCUCACAAUUGAAAUCUCAAAAGAUGGACGUGACAUUAAUUUUACUAGAGGCCCUUCGACCUCUUUUGAAUCAUGACAAUGACCUUCAAUUACUGCUCACAGAAAGUAGAAACAUUUCAAAACUUGGUGUGGUGAUUGGAGAUUAUGAAAGAUCUUCCUUGAUACAUUGCAUCUCACAGGAUCCUGCUCUGUGCUCUGCUUUUCGAAUUUCCGAAUGGAAACAGUGGCUGGAACAAGCCAAGCUCAUUUCCUCCCAAGACUCGUCCCGUCAACCCUUAACCGCUCGCGACCAAGAUGACGAAGGAUCAUUUGCAAUUGUUUGGACCUUUGGUAGAUUGACCACGGUGGUACACCGGCCAGAAGCAUCCUCGAAAUCCAUUCCAGAGCAAUGA